GGAGGCAUGGGAGGAGAUCCAACCCAACAAGUACAAGAGACAUUUGGUAAGUAUAAGAUUGUGUCUCCUAGCUCCCUUCAUGCAUUAUGUCAACAUUGCAUGACAGGUCCGCUAAUACAGUACGCAGAUGACGUACAGUCUACCCUUUCUUCGCCGGGUCAUCGUCGCAGAGACCUACGAAGAGCGUCGUCAAUUGCUGGAUUCAAACGUUGCUGCAGGCUCUUGGGACCUUCUUACCAUUCUGAGAUGUCUAUUUUUUGGUUUCAGCGAGAGUGA